AUGGCGCUGCGGGGCCCCCCUACCGGCCUCAAAGCCGUGUUGAAGCCCUCAUGGCUCGAAGACGAACACGCGUCGGAGGAGGCAUCUGCAGCAACCCUGCAGCAGCACGCUGCCAAGGAGUCGGGCGAGAUCGGGAGCGUCGGAGGUGCUAGGGCUUAUGUUUUCUUUACCACAGAUCUGCCUGAACCCCUGCGAUUACCCCAAGAGCCGCUGAGCAUUGAGGCGUCCCUGCGGCGCGGUGACCUCUCCAAGCUCGUGAAUCGGCUGUUGACGGAGAAGGAUCCAGAUGCGUGGCCGAUACCGCAGCCGCUGGACUUCCUGGUUGACGGGAAGACCUUUCUUAGGGGCUCUUUGAAGGAGCACAUGCAGCAGCAUGCCAUGACAGCCGAGGUUGCAGUGCGGCUGCACUACCAGCUGGCUAUGCGCAAGGGGGAAGAACAUGUGCUGCCUCCUGCCCCCGACUGGAUUUCGGAGGUUGCCGUGCCCUCUUCCAAAGGCCCCAUCGUGGCGGCUUCGUACGACGGGCAUCUGCGGCUGUAUUCUGCAGAGACACCCUCUCUGGUGCACGACGUACCCCUCGGACAGGGGCCCCUGACAGGCGUCGCGUCUGUGCGGCUGUGCGGGGGAGAAGGCGAGGCUGUGCUCUGCCUGGCUGCCACGCAGGGAGGGGGCCUCCUUUCUGUCUGUCUCGCAGAAACGGAGAGCCGAUGGAGCUCCAGGCUCUGCUUCGCAGGGGCCCAUGGGGGCCCCGCAACCUGCGUAGCCGCGCGGCCUAACGGCGAGCUCGCCGCUCUCGGAGGCAGCGACGGCUGCGUCACGCUGUGGAACUGUCGUGCAGCGGCAGAAGCGGCAAAAGCAGAAGCGGCGGAAGCCUCUGAAGGCCAAGGCAGACGGAAGCGUCGCAUGGACGCCACUGGCGCGUCGGGGCCCUGUGGCGUUCUCCCGUGUGCUGCACGGGGGUGUGCGGGGGCGUCUGCCUCCUCUGUGCGCGCGAUUUCGGAUAUUCUGUUUGGACUGGACUCCCUAGACGGCCAUGCGGUGUCUUCAGGCAUGGACGGUUGCCUGUGCCUGUGGAGCCUCGAGGGCAGGCUCGUGUCGCAGUGGCGCUGCGACGCCGUGCCUCUGGGCCUUGCCUUAAGCCCUACGGAGGGCCAAGUGGUAGCCGCGGCGCACGAGGACUGCCGCGUCAGGCUGUGGGAUGUGCGCUCGCCUGCAGGCUUGGAGAUGGAGGGGCAGGAGGCGGGCAAGGGGGGCCCCCCCCCCUCCCGCGGCUUCUCCCUGCGACAGUCUCUCAAGGGGCGCCACGCGCGACUCCCGUCUGCAGUCUCCUGGUGCCCGAACAACGGCCACCUCGUUGCCUCCGCGGGGCAGGACGGCUGCGUGCUCGUUCAAGACAUCAGGGCUUCUGCAGAGCCGCUGGUUGUCUUCAAAGCGCAAGUGGAAGGUGCUCCUGUGCGCCUCCUGAGUUGCACUUGGCUGGCAGACACUGCAGUCGUCACCGGCGGAAGCGACGGGCGAGUGCGGAUCCACGGGGUCUUCGCAGGGGCCCGGGGGGAGGGCUGA